GAUCCACCGUACGGCGACCGUUCAAUUCAAUUGAUUCACCGCCGUCUUCAGCUCAGCUACGCGUUCUCCGCUGCGAAAAAGACUCCGCCUCCUGUUCUUCUGUUCGUCCGGAGACAAAUCGUUGUUGUGGUACAAGUGGGAUGCUGCCGGAGAAGAUUCGCUCGGAAAUCAGUGUUACGAUUUCACUCUGCUCUCUAGAUGGGAAAUACUCAAGGGAAACCGGUGUCCUUCACCGAUGAGGUCAACCUCAACCAUUUCCGCCUCCUUCGGGUGGUAGGAAAAGGUGCAUUUGGUAAAGUUCGCAUUGUUGAGCGAAAAGAUACCGGCUUGACGUUUGCUCUGAAAUAUAUUCGGAAAGAAGAAGUGGUCCGGUCGGAAAGCGUACGGAAUAUCAUUCGUGAACGAAGAAUGCUCGAGCAUUUGAACCAUCCAUUUCUUUGCAACUUGAGAUACAGCUUUCAGGAUAUAGAAUACAUCUACAUUGUGGUGGAUUUGAUGAAUGGCGGUGACCUGCGAUUUCACAUCUCAAGAAAAUGCUUCACCGAAGAAGCUGUGCGGUUUUGGAUAGCAGAACUUGGCUGUGCUCUGAGAUAUAUUCAUUCCCAGGGUAUCAUCCAUCGCGAUGUCAAACCAGACAAUGUGCUCCUUGAUUCGGAGGGUCAUGUCCACUUGGCUGAUUUUAACGUCGCAUCGGACUUCCGGCCGAGCAAGCCUUUGACAAGCAAAUCUGGAACCUUGGCAUACUUAGCUCCUGAAGUGUACGAAGGCGGUGGGUACUUUUGUGAGGUCGAUUGGUGGUCGCUUGGUGUGACAUUCUACGAGUGCAUCUACAACAAGCGACCAUUCGAAGGCCGUAGCCAAGAUACUCUUAGUGAAAACAUCAAGAAAGCCUCGCCGAAAUACUUUGUCACAAACCCAGCAGUUACUGUCCCAUGUUUGCGAGCAAUGGGCGCUCUGAUCGAGAGAGACCGAAGCAAGCGAAUUGGCGCUGUGAGCUUCGAAAGCUUCACUUCUCAUCCCUUCUUUGCCGACUACGACUUUGAGGCUUUGGAACGAAAAGAGAUUCUGCCUGUUUUCCGACCGUCGAGUGAUAAGACCAAUUUCGACGCAACGUACGAUCUAGAAGAAUUGCUGCUUGAGGAGGCACCACUCGAAGCUAGAGCACGUCGGCAAAAGCCUAGAGCGGAACUGAGAGAAGAUGCGACGGCAAAGGAAAUCCGGGAAGAUGAACUGCAUCGUCUUAUUGAGACCAUGUUCGAGCCAUUUGACUACACAACCGUAACUUUCAGAGGGUAUGUCGACAUGCUUGCUUUGGAUUCAAUAAUGCUAACCAGCUACAGCAAUGCCGCCGAAGCAAUUGCCGCAACAACAAACCCAGAAGACUGCCUCCCAACCAAUGGCCAGCCUGGCCGCGCUGGUUCAACCCACUCGAGGCAGGUGUCACAACCUGACUCCUCGAGGGGUUCGCCGCCUUUGCGUAACGAUGGAUCCGUCAGCCGUCUUAACGCCGCCGAGAACGUCUCCUCCCCGCUUACGGGGACUGUCGAGCCGCAAGAUGUUGCCCCGCCUCCACCGCCGCAAGAGAGACAGGCUCCCUCUCCUGCUCCCCCACCGCCGGCUCCCUCCUUCCAUCGACCAUUCCCGCCCCCCGCUGCUGGCGCCCGAGGAGGAGCAACACGCAAGACGAGUAAGGGUGGUGGAGUACAAAUGGUGUUGGACGAGACCGGUAGCUGGAGUGAGUUGGCAAGCCACAGUUCCACACUGCCGGCCGAGGGUUAUGAUCAGGCUGGGGAUAAGGGAAAGUCCAACAGUGGAAUGCUCGCUUUCCUGAGCCGGAAGAAGGGACGCGACAGGAGUCCCAAACCCCAAGAGCCCGGUGUUUUGGGCAAGGAGGGAGCCAGGCAAAUCAUCAGCUGAGGAUAAUAUUCCUGGUUUGAAUGACCUUGAACAAAACGGCUCUCGAUUCUGCUGUCCAUCUGGACGAUAAUGAACGUGUCACAGUC